CACACCGACCUUAUCAUGUGUUUCAUGUGCGUCAGCUCGGUCAGAGCUCUGAUUUCCCGCCGUUCUCAGCCUCCUGAAGGCGGCAGCCUGUCACGUGAUGAUUCAGUCAACAUGGCGGCCUCCUACCUGUGGUGGUUACGGUCCUGUCCGCUUCUCCUGCUGGUUUUCUGUGGCGCUCAGUCCAGUCUGACUGCGGCUGAAGAGGCGGAGGACUGCCGACACCUGAGACUCGGACAAUAUCCUUACAGUCACGUGACGCCGCACAGCUCACCUGUCCAGGAAUUCCCGGACCCAAAGAUCGAUGAAGCCACGCAGGAACCGGAGAACUGCAAGGAGGGAGAGGCGCCCGUGGAUUGUUUCCCAGCUCCAAACGUCACCUGUCUGCUUUCCAACGGAACCGAGCUGAGAUUCAGCGGAGAGGAGGUGGGCUUCAAUAGAACCAUCGCCUGUAGGAACGUGAGCGGUUUUUCCUACAAGGUGGCUGUGGCGCUGUCUCUGUUUCUGGGCUGGCUGGGAGCGGACCGCUUCUACCUGGGAUACCCCGCUCUCGGUCUGCUGAAGUUCUGCACUGUGGGUUUCUGUGGGAUUGGUACUCUGAUCGACUUCAUUCUGAUCGCCAUGCAGAUCGUGGGUCCAGCUGACGGAUCAAACUACAUCGUGGAUUAUUACGGAGCCCGUCUGACCCGUCUGUCCAUCACCAACGAGACCUACAGGAAGCCUCACCUGUCACUCUGAUCACACCUGGAUGGAGCAGUGUCUCCAUCCAUCCGUCACAUUCCUCCAGAUCAGCUCCAGGUGUCCACCAUGUUCCUGUAGAACUCGGCUGUGUUUCUGUUCAGAUGUUUUUCUGCUGUUUCUCCCUUUUAAACCAUUAAGUUACAAAUAAAUAGUUUUGUGUUAA